AUGUUCCGCAAGGCCAUCCUCCUCGCACUCGCCGGUGCUGUCGCGGUCCUCGGAGCCAGCGACUGGGAUGACCUGAGCAUCGCGCAGUAUAUCCUGACGAUCCAGCAAGCGGAGAGCGCGCUCUUCACCCAGGGCCUCGCCCAGUUCUCCGACAGCGACUUCCACACCGCCGGCUACCCCACCUGGGUCCGCAACCGCUUCAAGCAGAUCGCCGCGCACGAGGCGGCGCACGUCACCCAGCUCACCAACGCCCUUUCGGCCGACGCGCCCGCAGCCUGCACCUACAACUUCGGCCUCUCCGACGUCCCGUCCUUCAUAGACCUCGCGCAGCGCUUCACCACCGUCGAGGCCUCCGCCGGCCUCGGCGCACUCCCCUUCAUCGACGGCUCCGGACUCGCCGUCAACAUCGCCGCCGCCGGGGCCUCCGAGUCGCGCCAGGCCGCCUGGAUCACCUCCGCCAUCCAGAAGCGUCAGCCGUGGAACGGCGCCUGGGAGACCCCGCUCGAGCCCAGCCAAGCCUACUCGCUCAUCGUGCCAUACAUCGACGAGUGCCCGGACGCGAACCCGGACCUGCCCCUCCGGUCGUACCCGCAGCUGACGGUGUACCCCGGGUACCCCACGCAGGGCGGCACCGUCUUCGUCUCGCUCACGCUCAAGGCCGCGGCCGCGAAGUACUACCUCGCGUGGCUCGACGGGCUCACCGUGCAGUACACCCCGAUCACGAGCGGGCAGGCGGCGGUCCCCGCGGGCCUCGACGGCACGGUGUACGCGGCGGUCGUGUCGACCCAGGACCCGCCGAGCGCGGCGAACCUCGUGAGCGGGUUCGCGGUCGUUCAGUUCCCGUUCGACUCUUCUGCGGUCGAUACUACGUCGGAGAACCUCCCGAAGGUGUCCACGAAGAACUAA